AUGAGCCAUCCAAGAACGGCGUUCCGGCAUUCUGCAUUGGAAAGCAACGUUCAUAUCCGACUUCUCAAAGUCUCGCCAGACCUGUGUGAUGGCUUGAUCUCGAUGAGCCUCACGCACGUACUCCUGGAGACAGAGUCGUACAAUUGCUUGUCUUACGUCUGGGGAGAGACGGCGAGCGAUCACGAAGUUCUCAUUAACGGCAACGUCUUCCGUGUCAGACGGAACCUCCACGAUUUCCUCGAGCGCUCUCGUACAUUAUGUCCUCACGAGUAUCUGUGGGUUGAUGCAAUAGCUAUCAAUCAAAGCGACGUCCGUGAGCGAAAUGCACAGGUAGAGCGUAUGGGAGAAAUCUACAAAGAUGCUGGGAAGGUUUUCAUGUGGCUGGGAGUGUCUGCAGGGGUCGAUUCUGUCGUGUCACUCGUACGAGACAUGGCAACUGUGUACAAAUCCGUGAUGACUCUGCGGGCCGCAGCUCUUGACCAGUGGAGCGAUCAUCUUGAGCCAGCCCCCGGGCCUCUUGCACCGUGGAGCAAUUGUUUUUGGGCAGCAUGCAGGCUUCGUCUGAGUCAACUUUACGUGCAGGUGGAUCCUGACAGACACACGCUUGCAGCCAGAUUGAUUUGCAUUUUGAUCAAAGAACAUGUCGUCGCCAGUCCGGAUCGCUUCAAGGAGAGCUUCACUGCUAUAGUCAGUUGCGAAUACAUCUCAAGAGUGUGGGUGUGUCAGGAGGUUGCAUACGCACGAAACCCUUGGCUGGUGACUUCCGGCAGCAGCCUGAGUUUUCUUGACUUCAUGUAUGUCUUCGGGUUCGGGGUUGAUGAUACCAAAGAUUCUCUUGCCGCUCACAACUCCGUGGUCGACGCAGCUGGAAGACUAUUGGCCGGAUGCGAAAUGGGUUCACUGUUUUCCCUUCGGCGCAGCUUGGAGGACAAGACCAAACACAACGAGAAGCUACAGAGUCUAGUGAGCUUUUACGCUUAUCGCGACAGAAAGCUUGGGUGUAAGAUUCCGCGGGAUCGGAUCUACGCAAUUCGUGGCCUCAUAGACCUUGGGACCCGACUAUCUGUGGACUAUCAGACGGAUGAGGUUGCCCUUUUCUGGAAAGCUGCGGAUAACUUCACGAAAAGUUACGGCGACAGUGAUGGCUCUUAUGAGAUACUGUCACUCCUUCACUAUCUUCUAGAGAUAGACGUCUGUCGACUUGGUGCUCAAGCUGGAGUCUAUCUGUUCAAUUUUGGCGGCAACGACCCUGACACGAGAGCCUCAUUAUUCCGGGGGAAUGCAUGGUCCAUCUUUGUCAGUUGCCGGUUGUGGUCUGACAAGCACAGACAACUAAAGUUCGUGCUCAACGAGCAGCAGCAGCAGUAUGAGCUCGACUCAGCCACGACUGGUGUGGGAGCGAUGUCUACUGCGCCAGUACUCAUAUGGCUGGACCGCUACGAAUGGGAUAUUAGGCCUGUCAAGCCGACCGACAGGCUUCUAAUACGUGCAUUAGCUGCCAGCUCGCAAAGCGCUAAUCCUACAGAGAACAGCCUAAACCUAUUGGACGAUGAGCGGUCCGGCCGACUUCUCGCUGCAAAGCUUCCUCGAAAGCUUGUGGCCGAGAUGAUUCAAGAACCCAAAGGCUGGCACAUUCCGCCAGUGGCAAGGCAUGCCAGUGGCAACACUGCUGAUACGUCGUGGAAGAAUUUCGAUGAUGCAGUCGAUGCAGAGUGCAACAACAUCGUAGGAACGCAGCCCAACGCCGAUGAGCGUGAGCUUCUCGACGGACUGAGGUCCAUCGAAUGGAACUACUGGGAUGAAUAG